ACAUUCAAUAUCCAUUCUGACCAUGAAGCUUUUGCUGUUGAGUUUUCUUGUGGCCACAGCCUGUGCCCAUAAACAUGGGAAUCGAACUCAUGUCGACAAGCUCAAGGACAUAAUUGUUAACGGGUAUCCAGCCUACGAAGGCAAAGCACCGUAUGCCGUGGGUCUCCGUAUGAACAAUGGAGCCGUGGGUGGAGGCUCCGUAGUGGGCAACACUUGGGUUCUAACCGCUGCUCACUGUUUGACCACCGACUCAGUGACUAUCCACUAUGGAUCGAAUCGGGCCUGGAAUGGUCAGAUUCAGCAUACGGUAAACAAGGAUAACUUCUUCCGGCACCCCGGGUAUCCAAGCACCGCUGGUCAUGACAUCGGACUAAUUCGCACCCCUUACGUUGGUUUUACUAACCUAAUCAACAAGGUCGCGCUGCCCAAGUUUAGCCAGCAAAGAGAACGUUUCGAGAACUGGUGGUGCGUUGCCUGCGGCUGGGGAGGAAUGGCCAAUGGCAACCUGGCCAACUGGCUGCAGUGCAUGGACGUGCAGGUCAUCAGCAACAGCGAAUGCGCCAGGUCAUAUGGUUCCGUAGCCGACACGGAUAUGUGCACCCGUGCCUCCGAUGGAAAGUCGGUAUGCGGCGGCGAUUCUGGCGGUGCAUUGGUCACACACGACAAUCCCAUUCAAGUAGGUGUGAUCGCCUUCGCUUCCAUCGGCUGCAAGUCGGGACCAUCGGGCUAUACCCGUGUCAGCGAUCACUUAGACUGGAUCCGGGAGAAGUCGGGAAUCGCCUACUACUAACUUGAAAAUCGACUAUGGCUGAAUGGGAACCAACUGAUUGAUUACUGAUAAACUAAUCAAUAUAUUAAAUCAUCUACUUAUGUAAAUAUAUACCCACAAUAAGCUGCAAA